UCGAGGCGCACAUCAUCCACACAUCAGAUACCGCAGCUCCGUCAGCCAGCAGUCAGCCAGCCGACAAAGCCCUCCGGAGCCGGGCUGCAGGCGACACCGCUGCUCCUCGCAAGGUAGCCGAGGAGCGUCCGCCCCCCUCGAGCACGGAUGCUCUGCAGAGCGCAGCUCCAGGGAGCCCGUCACUGCUAAGGAGGUCACCGGCAUUCAGCCCGCACUUCUGGGCAUCCUUUCUCCUGCUGCCCACCUGCCCGAUCCCAAAACGGAGGAGCCCRCAGACCCCACCAUGUCAUCGGACUCCAGCGCCCCACCGGCGGCRGUGCCACCCCUGCACUCGCCCAAGUCGCCGGUGUGGCCCACCUUCCCCUUCCAGCGGGAAGGCAGCCGCAUCUGGGAGCGGGGCAACCUCCUGCUGCGGGACCUGCCCAGCCCCCUCCCCACCAAGAGGACCAGGACCUACUCGGCGACAGCGCGUGCCUCUGCUGGCCCCAUCUUCAAGGGUGUCUGCAAGCAGUUCUCUCGCUCCCAGGGUCACGGGUUUAUCACCCCAGAGAAUGGCACAGAGGACAUUUUCGUGCAUGUGUCUGACAUCGAGGGGGAGUACGUCCCGGUGGAGGGGGAYGAGGUGACAUACAAGGUCUGCCCCAUCCCUCCCAAGAACCAGAAGUUCCAGGCAGUGGAGGUGGUCCUCACCAACCUGGUGCCCCACACGAAGCACGAGACAUGGUCCGGCCAGAUCAUCGGCUCCUAGGCGCCCAGGGGGACCGCCAGCCACUCAACCCCACGGAGCAACCGUGCCCGGCCGCUCGCAAGGGGUGUGGGGGGAGCCGAGGUGGUGGCGGAGCCGGGGCUGCCCCCAAACAUGCAGGCGUUUGCGUUCAGUGUCUUUUAUAAGGUUACGGUUUCCUUUCUCUGUGUGUGUUUGUAAGUGUCUGUCGAGGGGGACAGGUGAAGCAGAGCCCUCCCUGACCGUCCCCCUGCUCCGGGGGCAGCACCGAGCCCCACGUUCCAUUCCUUACCCUGAGGCCAUGGGGAACAGAGGAACCAGUUCUAGCCCCCAGCUCUCCAGCUGCACUGGGCUGAAGCAGGUGCUGAGAGCAGGAGGGAGUGGGGAGAGGCUGGGUGGCUCGGCUCAUCCUCCUGAAYUCCACUCCGGCAAGAUGGACACCCCACUUGGUCCACAAUGGGACAGCAGCAGUGGGACAUGCCUGGCGCAGGGACAAAACAGGGUGGUGUGGGGUGGCAUAUCACUGUGCGGGGUCUGGGUGGCUGAGACCCAUCCCCAUCACUGGCAGCUCACAGCACCCACCUGAACCACAUCCCUCCAUCACAAGAUCUCAGGUCAACGGUGCCAUAGGGAGGUGAGUGGAUUACAGAAAGCAAAAAUUUAGUUUUAAGAGGCAAACAGCUGCUGGCAGAGCACCUGGGAYGCUUGGUGCUGUGCCCAGGGGGCUCCAUCGGGGCACAGGGCAGGGGGCACAUGGCACCUCUGUGCUCCCCACUGCUGCCGGGCAGUAACGCACUUUUCUGGCUCGGUGCUGACAUGGUUUUGGGGAGACGGACACUUUCUCCUCCUUCUCUUGACCCCCGGCCCCCUGGGCCCCCCCUUGCCACGUGUGUGUGUGUGUGUGUGUGUGUGUGUGUGUGUGUGUGUGUGUCUGUAGCUUGCUGGGGGGUGAGGGGCUGAGGGGUCUGAGCAGCCCGGCGGGGCGAGCGCAGCCGCCUCCUCCCCAGCCCCUCCGUGUAGGCAGGGUCUCAUACACAAAGCACAAACUUCGUUUUUGGUCUUCUCUGCCAUCCCCUGGCCAGCUGGGCUCCCACAGCCCCAUGGAGGGACAGGGCAGAGGGCACUGGGACAGGGAUAACAUGCACUGGGCUGGUCCUGAUUCACCCCAGGGGAAUGGUGUUGAUGCUCCAGGAACUACCAGCAUCUUAAAGGGUUCAAAGCAGGGUUGGGAACAGUGGGGUGCCAGCAGGACCCCCAAGCAGGGCAGUAGCUACUGGCACUGCUGGCACUCAGCGUGGACGGAGCAGGGUAUUUUUCACUGUUGCCAACCAGGAUUAAGUGGGGACAGGAAUAGGGCAAGGCCGGUGCCAUGCAGGACAUCUGGGCCCUGCGGGUUCGGGAGGACCACCCGUGUGGGUGUGGGGACUGCCCUGGGAAGUGGCCCAUCUCACUGCCAACCCAAAGCCAGGCUUUCCCAGGGGCUGGGGUAGUUGUGGCUCAGG